AACUGGAAGAAAACCGGAGCUGAUGUUGCGUGAACAGCUUUACGGUCACGGGCACUCGACGAAGUUCAGGUUCAGACACCAUAGUGCGGUGAAAUUUGGUGCGGCGGUGCGGCCAGUGAAUGCGGUCCUGCUCUAAGCUCGUUUGGCUGGUUUGGUGAUGCGAUGAGGCUGUUGAGGAGAUCGUUUGGUUUUCAGUCCAGCUGAUACAAACGCUCUACUGCGCGUUUGCACGGGGCGCCUUUGCGGCCUGCGCCAGUUUGUUUUAUGUAACGCAUUACGUAACUCUAUGCAGCCACUAGAAAACAAGCAACAAUGACCGCAUGAACGUGAACAGUGCUUCUCCGAAUAGAAUGUGUGACAGACCUCCUCCGGCGAGGGAAGACACAAGGACCAACGAAGACACGGACUACUCAAGGGUGCUGCCGUUUUUUCUCGGAAGAAUUCAAGCAAACCAAGCACGCCUUUUCAACUUUGCAUCCGACGACUUCUAUGAAGAAGAUUCAGAUGAUUCGGAUGGCGAACAUCAUCUGAGCAGCUUGUACACGCUGAGCAUGGGUGGAGGCCUGAUGUCCAGAAAAUAUUACUUUCAACUUGUUUCGGCUGCCACGUCGCCCGACAACUCGGGGAUCCUGUCAAAUGACAUAUAUGGGAUUGUCAAGCAACAGUCGGGAAGCACAAAUACGAGUCAACCCGAAUCGAGGAUGUGCUUGCCAUCAUUACUACAACAGAGGGAAUGUGGCAUGCCCUGUGGGGGAACAUUUUCAAGAGGAGACAGGUGCAGAAUCGGCUCAAGAUUGCUACCAAACUACAAAAUGCACACCUUGAAUUACCCAAGUAAAGCUUUUUGUGGAACCUUCGCUGGAAAUGGUGAGGUGUUCAUGACAGCAUGCCAGGAUUGCAUGAUUCGUAUCUAUGAUACCAAGCAAGCAACCUUCAGAGAGGUCAAGUCAAUCUCUGCUCGUGAUGUAGGGUGGAGCAUCUUGGAUAUGGCUGUCAGUCCCAAUGGUGCGCACUUCGUCUACUCCAGUUGGUCAGAGUACUUACAUUUAUGUAACGUGUUCGGAGAUGAUGAGGUCCAUGAGGCACUGCCACUUUGCCCUGAUGAUCGUAGGUUUUGCAUAUUUGCAUUACAAUUUUCUUGUGAUGGCAAUGACAUUCUGGGCGGGGCAAAUGACUCAUGCCUAUAUGUGUACGACCGAGAAAUGCACCAUCGUUCACUCCGGAUCAGAGCUCACGACGGAGACGUGAACACUGUUGCCUUCGCUGACAAGACAUCACAAAUUUUGUUCAGUGGGGGAGACGACGGCCUAUGCAAGGUGUGGGACAGAAGGACCCUGAGUGAGGGAAACCCCAAACCAGUGGGGAUACUAGCUGGGCAUAGUAAUGGAAUCACAUUUGUUGACUCCAAGGGUGAUGCGAGGUACCUGAUCACCAACUCUAAAGAUCAGUCUAUCAAGCUUUGGGACAUGAGAGCCUUUUCAUCGAAGGAAGGCAUUGAAUCAACCCGAAUUGCUGUUGCCUACCAGAAUUGGGACUACAGGUGGCAACGUGUCCCAAAAAAGUUAUUGGAUCGCUAUGUCAAGCUCGCUGGUGACACCUCGCUGAUGACGUACCAGGGACAUACCGUACUACAAACUUUAAUUCGCUGCCAUUUCUCGCCAGCAGCCACCACUGCACAGCAGUUCAUCUACACUGGCUGUGCUUCUGGCCGGGUAGUUGUGUAUGACCUGCUGACUGGUAAGGUGGCCACUGUCCUGUCUGGCCACAGGGGGUGCGUGAGGGAUGUUUCUUGGCAUCCGAAUCUGCCUGUGCUUGUGAGCUCAUCGUGGGAUGGGGCUAUCUGCGAGUGGGUGUACAGCAGUGACCCAGACAGCAAGAAAGGCCGGGGGAAACGCACUCGUUCUGCAAGACAACAGUAAACCUACAUCUGGAGAGCUGCCGAGACAGCUCCUUGUUUUUCUCAUUCAAGCCUUAUGUCAGUGUUGCAGUGCUGGUAAUCAUUUCACUGGGACCUGAAAAGUAUUCAUUGUUAGAGAUCCAUCACACAGCUACUGUAAAAUAUCGGGGGAGAGCCCGCCCCGUUUUCACUGAAAGCUGGGUUAAUCUACAGGGUGAAACAAGGAGACGCCAGUCUCUUUAAAUCAACCAGAAAAUUCGGUUUCUUAACCUAUCGCGCUACAACUUUGUGCAGCGUUGCCCACAGGUGGUGCAUUUUUUUUUU